AUGUCUGACGAUACCCCUACGAGUACCCCGCCCGUUCAUCCGGGCCCACCAAGCCGCUCGGCGUCUUCGUCUGUGAAACCCAAGGGUAUCCUCAAGAACGCCCCGGCGCCAGCCCCAACUUUACCCACGCCGCCCGCCGCUCCUGGACAGCAUCUGCAGUGGGAUGAGGAGAACCUUGCGCUCACCGAGGCUCAAAAGGAUAGUCAAAUGAAGAUUACCGAGCCCAAGACGCCCUACGUUCGCUAUAACGCCGAACUUGACGAAGUAGAAGGUGAUAUACCCAACUUCUCUCUGACCGGCGAGCGCGCCACCAGCUCUUCUCCGCUAUCGUCGCCCAAAGCUGCUACUAUGGAACCCGCAGAAGUCACUGCUGAAGCUACCGCGUCUGGAUCCGGAAGCGUUCCGUCUUCCCGGCGCCCAUCUGUGUCGAGUAACGCUCGUUCGAGCUCUCGUUCCUCCAGCCGCAGCACGUCUUUCACACUUCCAUCCGAUGCGCGGGGUGACUUCAUAGUCGUUGGUGCCGAAGGUGGCGAGGUUGAAGAGGAAGAGGAGAUGGACCCGGAGACCGCCGAGAAACAUGCCGCUUUCGUGCGUGCACGAGGCCGGCACUACUCCAACGAGGCUGAGGCCAUGAAGCGUGCCCGUGAGAUGAUGGAUGAGGACGACGAAGACAGCGGCGUCGCUGACGUUGAUGACAGCAGUGACCCGGAUCGCAUGGACGAAGACCACCCUGCACCCAACGGCCGCGCGAUCCCUCCUGUACCUCCUCUGCCAGCCAAUCUGCGCAUGAAUGGCUCGGCGCAAGGUUGA